GUAAAAACAUAGUGGAGCGGCGAGUCAAGAGUCAAGCGGCGAGUCAAGCAGCGCGUUUUCGAUUCAAGAUGCAAGCGUCGCUUCACACGCACAUAGUGGAGCGGCGAGUUGACUCCCGCGACUGGGAGGAGAAAAGAGUUUAGUCGACAAAAUGCUAUCAGAUAGUGAUGACGAGUAUUUAUUGGAGAACAGUGCCCUCAAAGUUUUAUGAGUUAAAGGUGUUAGGAGUUGUGCUGUGCAUCCAUUGAACGAAAAACGUGAUACUUUAGGUGAAUACCAUCACCUAUUUCCCCAAUUAAAGGAGUAUCCUGAUCGGUUCUUUCAAUACACCAGGAUGGAGUACAGUACCUUUCAGUACAUUUUAAACCAUAUUCAACCUCAAAUGGUAACAAAAUUCACUAAUUUCGUCAAGCAGCCUAUUGAACCUGAGGAGAAGCUGGUUAUAACAUUGAGAUACUUGGCGACUGGAUCUUCAUUCAAAAGUUUAUCAUUCUCAUUUCGUAUUGGUGCAUCUACAAUUAGCAAGAUAGUGAAAGGAACUGUCAUCGUUCUUUGGAAUAUCUUGCAGCCUUUACAUAUGCCGCCUCCUUCAAAAGAAUGCUUCACACAGACAAGCAAAGAAUUUUGUAACUUGUGGAAUUUUCCCAACUGUAUGGGAUGCAUUGAUGGAAAGCAUGUCAGAAUUUCUUGCCCUCCACAUUCAGGCACAAUGUUCUAUAACUACAAAAAAUUCUACUCCAUUGUUUUACUGGGAAUUUGUGAUGCAAAAUACAGAUUUCUUGUAAUCGAUGUAGGAGGAUUUGGAAAACAAAGCGAUGGAGCCACUUUUGCUUUCUCUGACUUCUAUCGAAUGAUAAAAAACAAAGAAAUUGCCAUUCCGGAUGAUGCUUGUUUGCCUGGGACUAAUUUUACAACGCCAUUGGUAUUUCUCGCAGAUGAAGCCUUCCCCUUGUCCGUAAAUGUACUAACACCUUACAAUGUAGAAAAUCUCAAUGAAGAAAAAAUCGUCUUCAAUAAAAGACACUCAAGGGCUCAAAAAUGUAUUGAGUGCACGUUUGGAAUCCUGUACUCAAAAUGGAGACUUUUGUCUAAAAAUAUUGAAACUGACCAUGAAACAGUUGACAUGAUAAUAAAAGUUAUGUGUGUCCUUCAAAACACUAUAAUAGAUAGAGAAGGAUUUGAGAGGCAUUUGACAGAUGUUAAGACAGUUGAACCUAAGAACAUUGAAGUUCCAAGAAGACAACGUCUGAGAGGAUGACAAUCGAGUGAUGCUCUUUUUGUGCGGGACACAUUCACAAGAUAUUUCAAUGAAAAUAUGAUCCACUUUGCAAGAGACUGAAAAGCAGUUUAGUUACAUGUUUUGGCUGGUUUUGCUAUUUUAAACCUUGGUAUCUCAUUUACAAAUGACAGACAUUGACAAAUUUAUUAUUAUUGUUAUUAUGAAUUAUGUGUCCAGUAGCAUUUCAAAUUCAUUGUUUUAUUAUCUUUCACUUUUCAUGUGUGUGUUCAAAUAUGUUGGAUACCAUUCUGUUCUGAGGUUUGCAAGA